AAACGACUACUUCUUGUCAAACCCCAAUAACUUGUUUCCUCAUAAGUUGUUUAAAGAAAUUAGUGUGCUAGUAUAAUUGUUGCAAUUCAAGAAUGGAAGUAGCAGAGUAUUUAAAAGAUAGAUUAUGCAAAACGCGUUGAAGGUCUGAAAGUUGAAAAACUUCCUUUGAUUUUGAGUCCAAGUGGUUGCAAAAGUAAAAGCUACCAAGAGGACAUGGUACUUGGGGCUGUUGACAUCACGAAGGUUUGUAAUAAAUGGUGCCUCCCUCCUUUCAACUGUCGUUCCAUUUAGCAGGAGUUUAAUGGCAGUUGAGGAGUUAAAAAUUCAAUCUUGAAAGCGCUGUUUGAUCUGGGGGUGGAAAAAAAGGACGAGAAAUGAAGUGUUUUCAUUACUUUAAGGAUAGGACUAAGAGUAAGGAACAAAGAUCAGCACCAAUUUUAAAAUGUGAGAGCAAAUCUGAUAUUUCAGCAGCUGACAGGGUGUCCAAAUCGUCAUGUUCUGCCACUUCUGAGAGGGUUGCUAAGUCUUCUGGUUCAACCACUUCGCUCCGUAGUGUAACUGAAUUGUAUGAAGAGAGAGCUCAGAAUUUGAGGGUCUUUUCAUUCUCAGAGCUAGCUCGAGCCACCAAUAAUUUCAAUAGGUUGCUUAAGAUUGGAGAAGGAGGUUUUGGAAGCGUUUAUAAAGGUACAAUCAAGCCUGUUGGUGGAAAGGGUGACCCCAUUGUUGUUGCUAUUAAGAAACUUAACAGAGAUGGCUUUCAGGGUCAUAAGCAGUGGGUGGCAGAAGUGCAAUUUCUGGGUGUCGUGGAGCAUCCAAAUCUUGUUAAACUUAUUGGAUAUUGUGCUGUUGAUGGAGAAAGAGGUAUUCAGCGACUACUUGUGUACGAGUUCAUGCAAAACAAAAGCCUGGAAGAUCAUCUAUUCAAUAGGGCCUAUCCUGCUCUUUCUUGGGAAAGGAGACUGCAGAUAGUGCUGGAAGCAGCUCAUGGAUUGGCUUACUUGCAUGAAGAAUUGGAAGUUCAGGUCAUAUUUCGAGAUUUUAAGGCAUCGAAUGUGCUACUGGAUGAGGACUUCAAGCCCAAGCUUUCAGACUUUGGGCUUGCCAGGGAAGGACCCACUGGUGAACACACUCAUGUUUCUACAGCGGUUGUGGGUACAUAUGGAUAUGCAGCACCAGACUAUAUUGAGACGGGUCACCUGACAGCCAAGAGUGAUGUUUGGAGCUUUGGUGUUGUGCUAUACGAGAUCUUAACUGGUAGGCGGUCACUAGAAAGAGAUAGACCCAGGCCAGAGCAGAAGCUCUUGGAUUGGGUAAAACAGUAUCCUGCUAAUAGCAGGAAAUUUGGAAUGAUAAUGGACCCAAGACUCGGAAAUCAGUACUCUCAUAGUGCAGCUGUAGCUAUUGCCAGAUUAGCUGAUAGUUGUUUGGUAAAGAGUGCUAGGGACAGACCAAAGAUGAGUGAAGUUGUAGAGAAGCUGAAGCAGAUAAUCCAUGUAUCAGGUGAACUAACUUCUCCUGAUGGAAGUUUUAAGUUUGUUGAAGAUGAUCCAGUUGACGAGAAGCCACCAAAGAAGACGGGAGCUUCCGAAUCAGCAAAAAGGAGGAUGGCACAUUUAGCAAAAUUAGGUGAACGUGUUGGUGGAGUCAGUAGAAGAAGGUUUAUGAUAAUGCAGAGGCAAAUGUAGUCCAGUAUCAUUUCUCCAUUUAAAUGGAUUUUGUUUGUUUAGGGUUUUGAUUUGAAAUAUUGGUGAAAUGGUACAGCAAUGAUGUGAAUAUGUGUGGAAUUAGUGAAGGCAUUGAGCCUUCUAUUAUACUUUCCGCUGUGACUCUGUUAGAGUAGUUUCCCUUUUUUGGAGCAUGAAACAUGUAAGUUGAAUCACUGUAUUGAGAUGUAAAUGCAAUUCAAUCAAGCUUUUUGUUCCAA